AUGGCACCAGCCAAUCCGCCAACGUCGCUCGUGAACUCUAUCAAAACGAUUGAAGCUUUGAAGGUUCUGAUUAUCGACCAGGUUCGCGCGAUUCAUGGCCAUUCAUACCCGACCAAACACUACACCUUUUCAGUAUUGACCUCCGCACUCCCGCCCACCCUUCCACCCCCCGGAUCAUCCAUCAGGAAGCCAAUUGUGUUCUACACGGCCCAAGCUAUCGUUUACACCAAGCCUGACUCAUUUGCGGAAUGGAAGCUACUAGCCGAGAGCGAACUCGGCGACUCGACAUGGGAGGCGGUAGAGAACCUUUACUGCAAGCUGCAAGAGCAGGUUGGAGAAGUGACGCAAAACCUUGUUCUACGUCAGAUGUGGAACGGAAAGGAGGCUAUUGCUGACCUGAUGAGUGACAUAUGA